AUGAGCCUCAACAGAGGAUUCCUGGCGACUUUGCUCCGUGACUGCCCUGCCUUUGGUAUCUAUUUUGCCUCAUACGAGUACAUGUCGCGAAAGAUGAGCAAAGACGGUAAAAUGGAGUCACUGACUGGUCCUCAGCUGCUCUUAGCCGGAGGUGGCGCCGGGAUGCUGUCGUGGUUAUUCAACUAUCCAACGGAUGUCAUAAAGACCAGAUUUCAAACCACAUAUUAUCCUAGCUACAUGGAUUGCAUACGGAGUACGUAUGCAGAAGGCGGAUAUCGGGUCUUCUUCACUGGUCUCGGCUCCACUUUAUUACGGGCCUUCCCAUCGAAUGCUGCCACAUUCUUCACUGUCGAAUGGACGUAUCGUCUGCUGCUCGAUUUCAACGUACUCGGCGUUGGAACACCUGCCGAACACCGUCUGCAGCUACACAAGCGUCACCUCAGCAUGUCAGACUUUUGGCAUACGAAUUGCCUUCUGAUGUUACCUGAGGCUGGUUCAACGUCCAUCGAUCCGAUGAUCCACGGAUGUCGUGGCGCUGGGAUGCUAUCGUGGUUAUUCAACUAUCCAACGGAUGUCAUAAAGACCAGAUUUCAAACCACAUAUUAUCCCAGCUACAUGGAUUGUAUACGAAGCACAUAUGCAGAAGGCGGAUAUCGGGUCUUCUUCACUGGUCUCGGCUCCACUUUAUUACGGGCCUUCCCAUCGAAUGCUGCCACAUUCUUCACUGUCGAAUGGACGUAUCGUCUGCUGCUCGAUUUCAACGUACUCGGCGUUGGAACACCUGCCGAACACCGUCUGCAGCUACACAAGCGUCACCUCAGCAUGUCGGACUUUUGGCAUACGAAUUGCCUUCUGAUGUUACCUGAGGCUGGUUCAACGUCCAUCGAUCCGAUGAUCCACGGAUGUCGUUUUCUGUAG